CAUGAAGUCAGUACUGACUCAGUAGUUGAUGAACCAACGUCAGAUCGUGCUGGGCGUCAUGACUCAUACUCAUAGGCAGCUGAUCUUUUGAUUCACUUCGAGUGUUAUAACAGUGUAAACACUUCAACAGUAACUGAUCUUUUUAAUUUUAACUAUUACCAUUCAGAACUGCACUUGAUUAUGUUCUCCUCGGGCGCAAACUACCCCAAGUUGAAGACGAACCUGCGCCUCGUGCUGAACAGGCUCAAACUGCUCGAGAAGAAGAAGUCCGAACUGGGCCAGAAGGCCAGGAAGGAGAUCGCAGACUACAUAACCGACGGGAAGUGCGAACGUGCGAAGAUCAAGGUGGAGCAGAUCAUCAGGGAGGACUACAUGGUCGAGGCGAUGGAACUACUGGAGAUGUACUGCGAUCUACUACUCUCAAGAUUCGGCCUACUGCAGGAAAUGAAAGAAUUGGACUCGAGUUUGAUGGAAGCCGUAUCCAGUAUACUCUGGGUUGCACCGAGGUUCUCGAGUGAGGUCGCUGAAUUUAAAGUCAUUUCAGAUCAGCUGACGGCAAAGUAUGGAAAAAAGUACGCUGAGGAAUGCAGGACAGGAAGGAUGAGCACGAUUUCAGAAAAGCUACGACACAAACUUAGCGUACAAGCGCCGCCGAAAAUCCUAAUAGAAAAGUAUUUGAUUGAAAUUUCUAAAAUUUACCAUAUAAAUUAUGAACCGGAUCCUCAGGUUAUGAAAGAAUACGAACAAGCUAAAGGCAUGGAUGCACUUUUGUUUGACUCAAAUGGCCCGUUAUCGAACAACCUCGAUAUGAAUGUCGUUAGGCCUCCAGGCUUCAUCGAUUAUCCCAUGCAACCCACAGUCCCUUUUAACUAUCCGUCUCCACCGUCAGUGCCGCAAAUGCCAAUCAAUCAAGGAGCGAUGGGAGGACCGUCUCCCCCCGGUAUAACGCCCCCACAUCUUUACAACAUCCCACCCACUGUGGGAAAUGAAAAUUUUCAACCUUUAAAUAUAACAAAAACAAUGAACUCUGGGCCACCGCCAUAUCCAUCUAUGCCUUCAGAUAAAAAUAUGCAGGACAAUAAUGAGCCAAAGCCGAUGCCACGGUCGAAACUAUCGCCGGAGUUGUCUUUACCGGACCUUCCGUCUGUGCCCAAUGACAACCCCCUGCCGGAAAGCAACGACUCAGACGAAGAAGAUUUCUCCGACCUUGCCAGGAGGUUUGAAGAGCUUAAAAAGCGCAAAUGAACACCCAACAGCAAACCGAUUCUUUACGCUCACUGUAUAUUAAAUUUUAAUUUUAUGUUCAAUGUAUAAAAAGCAACAUUGUUCAUAUUAUUUUUAAUUUGAAAGAAUUUUUUUCCUUGCUUAUUUUUCUUUAGCCUUUAUAAAUAAGAAGUGUUAACAAAAUGCUAUAGUUUUUUAUUAUAAAUUGUUACCUUCUAAAUUAUUAAAUAUAAAUUCGAGUAUUA